AUGGACGGAGACACCGCUAGACGUUUGUGUUCUUUAUUUGUGCUGGUUAUCUUAGCGAACGCAGUGUUGCCGGAUUAUCAGUUCAUUAAUCCCAUCAGAUUCCCAUAUUCGUCGACCGGAAAUCCUUACGUGGGACUGUUCGUUGCUAUUGCGCUCCCCAUAAAUAUAACUGGACCUGCGGAUUUAUUUAUAUCCGCUAAUUUUGAAUCUUCGUAUAGUUUACCGGAAAAUGUAUCGGUGCUUUCGUAUCCCCCGAUCGUCAGUUCGGCUAGAUUGGUACUGUACGAAUUAUUGGAGUCGAAAAUAAAACGUUAUGGAUAUUCUGGUAAACUUUGCUUGCAGAGGGCAAUUUGCGAAACUGCUGAUUAUACCACAGAACACCACGGAGUUCUCGGUGACAUUCUUCAUGUUCUUUUAACUCCGUCUUCGUCUCAAAAAGAAAACGGGUUAGAAGAUUACGCUAACGCCGAAACGUACGGUAGGACGAAAGGUCAUUGCGAAAAGUAUAAAAAAAAGUGUCCGUUCAGUAUACUGAAUGCUUUUAGCGUUGUGAAGGACGCCAUCCGAUUGUACGACCCGGAAUAUCUUAAAAAAGAAUUAUCGUUCAUGUUAAAAAACUAA